CACACACGUACGGAAGCACCUUCCCUCUCUCCUCCCUCUCUCCCCCUCAUCUCUCUUAUUAUCUCCUAUACGUGGUACCUCACUGAGGUCCCCCCCCUCCUCCACCAUGGCGUCCGAAUUCAUCGACCCCAGAAUGACCUCCAUCAAGCCUCACAUCCGCUACAACACCAUCGGAGGUAUCAACGGACCGCUGGUGGUUCUGGACAACGUCAAAUUCCCCCGGUACAACGAGAUCGUCUCCCUGACCCUGCCUGAUGGAACCGAACGGUCGGGUCAGGUUCUGGAGGCUAGAGGAAGCAGAGCCGUCGUUCAGGUCUUUGAGGGUACUCCGGGUAUUGAUGUUAAAAGGACCAAAGUCGAGUUCACCGGCCACAGCAUGAAGCUGGGUGUCUCGGAGGACAUGCUUGGUCGUGUGUUUGACGGUUCGGGUCGUGCCAUCGAUAAGGGUCCCAAGGUGCUGGCGGAGGAUUACCUGGAUAUCAACGGUCAACCGAUCAACCCAUACUCGCGAGUGUAUCCGGAAGAAAUGAUCUCCACCGGUAUCUCGGCCAUCGACACCAUGAACUCCAUUGCCCGUGGUCAGAAGAUCCCCAUCUUCUCCGCCUCCGGUCUGCCGCACAACGAGAUUGCCGCCCAGAUCUGUCGCCAGGCCGGUCUGGUUAACAAGCCCACCAAGGACGUCCACGACGGCCACGAGGAGAACUUCUCGAUCGUGUUCGCCGCCAUGGGUGUGAACAUGGAGACCAGUCGUUUCUUCACGCGCGACUUCGAGGAGAACGGCAGUAUGGAGCGCGUUACGCUGUUCCUGAACUUGGCCAACGACCCGACGAUCGAGCGUAUCAUUACCCCCCGUCUUGCCCUGACCACCGCCGAAUACUACGCCUACCAGCUGGAGAAGCACGUCCUGGUCAUCAUGACGGAUAUCUCGGCGUACUGUGAUGCCCUUCGUGAGGUGUCCGCCGCCCGAGAAGAAGUGCCUGGUCGUCGUGGUUAUCCCGGUUACAUGUACACGGAUUUGUCGACCAUCUAUGAGCGUGCGGGACGUGUGGAGGGCCGUAAUGGGUCGAUUACCCAGAUUCCUAUCUUGACUAUGCCUAAUGAUGAUAUUACCCAUCCCAUUCCCGAUUUGACCGGUUACAUUACCGAGGGCCAGAUCUUCAUUGACCGACAGCUGGACAACAAGGGUGUCAGCCCUCCCAUCAACGUGCUCCCUUCGCUGUCCCGUCUGAUGAAGUCUGCCAUCGGCGAGGGCCACACGCGCAAGGACCACUCCGAUGUGUCCAACCAGCUGUACGCCAAGUACGCCAUUGGACGAGACGCCGCCGCCAUGAAGGCCGUCGUCGGCGAGGAAGCCCUCUCCCCCGAAGACAAGCUGUCCCUCGAAUUCCUCGACAAAUUCGAACGCACCUUCAUCAGCCAGUCCGCCUACGAAUCGCGCAGCAUCUACGAAUCCCUCGACAUCGCCUGGAACCUCCUCCGCAUCUACCCCAAGGAGCUCCUCAACCGUAUCCCCAAGCGCGUCCUCGACGAGUUCUACGCCCGCUCCGCUCGCAAGGUCGCCAACAAGGACACCCGGGACAGCACCAACCCGGGCCAGCUUCACACGCAGGGCGAGGAUCUGAUUGAUGCUUAGUUUUCUUUAAAUUUUGUCUUGUGGAUAUGAUAUGUCUGUUUCCUUUUCGCCGAUAUCUAUGCCGUUUUGCGUGUUUAAAACUCUUUUCUUUCUCGUUUUAGGCUUGUCUGGAUUGAUUGUGCUGCCGUAGUUGUAUAUCUAUUAUAUG